GUGAAAGAGUAAUCACAUUUACAAAUUAAAUACCCAAAAAGUGUGACACUGAUACCCAGCCAGCCUCGCCGCGUACCGCCUUCCAGCGUCGCAAGCUUACCGGUCACAGCGUCUCUUCUGCUCAAUAGUCAGCAGGCAAAAACCCUUGUAAGGCUGUUGAAACUUUGAUGCUAACCGCACCAUCUCUGACAUGGCAGCGGCUUCCAUCUGUAGGAAUCUUCGGCUGCGCUUAAUCCCCUCAAAGAGGAUCCCGCACUCAUCCCUAAUCUCCACCUCUGCACCUGCCUUCUCCACUCUUCCUCUAAGAGACCAAGAGGAAAUAGGCAGGUGGACAUGGUCAAAGCUGUUCCUUUUCAUACCGGGAGCCAUCACUUUUGGUCUUGGCACUUGGCAAAUCUUCAGAAGACAUGACAAGAUAAAGUUGCUAGAUUAUAGGCAGAGUAGACUUGCAAAUGAACCUCUUAAGGCCAAUGAGAUUGUGGCUUCUACUCAGAACACGGAUUCACUGGAGUUCAGGAAAGUGCAGUGUAAAGGGGUUUUUGAUGAGAAGAAGUCUAUCUAUGUAGGCCCACGUUCCAGGAGCAUUUCUGGUGUGACUGAAACUGGAUACUAUGUGAUAACUCCUCUUAUUCCAGUCCCUGGUGAUCCUGAAAGUAUACAAUCACCUAUACUGGUAAAUAGAGGAUGGGUUCCGCGGAGUUGGAGGGACAAGGCUUUAAACUCUUUAGAAGAUGAACCUCAGAAUAGUAGCGCACCCACCUCAACUGAAGAGAGUCCUACCACUUCCUGGUGGCGUUUUGGGUCUGUUAAGCAUAAAGAUCUUGAGGCUGAGCAUGUUCCAUCUGUCAUCCCUGUUGAAGUCAUUGGUGUUAUACGUGGCAGUGAGAAGCCGAGCAAUUUUGUUCCCUCAAAUGAUCCUAAUGCCGCCCAGUGGUUUUAUGUGGAUGUUCCAGCGCUUGCUGAUGCUUGUGGACUUCCAGAAAGAACACUCUAUAUUGAAGAGAUCAAUGAACAUGUUAAUCCCCGAAGUCCAUAUCCCAUACAAAAGGAUCAUAAUAUGCUAAUUCAAACCUCUAGGAUGCCGCAAGACCAUCUUAAUUACGUACUGACAUGGUACUCUCUUUCAGCUGCAGUAACUAUCAUGGCUAUUCAGAGAGUCAAACCAAGGAGGAGCAGAAGAUAGCGCACCAUUUUCAUUAUUGUCCGCACCCUCAAACCUCGACAAAUGGCGCUUUGUACUUUGUUGCCCAAACACAAUAGAAACACCGGUAUGAUAUGAUAUUACUGCUGCUUGCUGCAGUUGGUGGAAUAAAUUUGAGAAGCAGCAAAUAGUCGAUAAAGCUCCUGCAAAAUUUAAGUUGCAAAUUUUGUUUCCAUUGUUAAUUGGCUGAUAAAAGCUUUGCCAUGGAUGUUUCCAGUCUUAAUACAUCACUAACAUAAAUAGUUUUGAAUCUUUUGGUAAACUCCUAUUUUUCGAGAUCGAAUUGUAGUAUUACCAUAAAUCUUUAUUUUAAAUUUAGAAAAGUCCAACAUGACUAAACAACGACUUUGCAUUAUUUGGUUGAUUGCAGUAAAUGCAUUUGGUUUGCCUCAGAGCAGUUUGGACAUUUCUAAUUGUUUGAUAUCACAUGUAAGCUUAACUCAAAGCCGACCCUUAUGCUUUAAUAUUGCCAAAAUUAUAACUUUAAUCAUAUUUAUAUAACCAAUCAGUUUAUCAAUUUAAGCUAUUGUUAUCUAAUUAUAUAAAUUUAAAUAAUUUCUUUUCUAUCAAACAAUAUUGAAAAAGUCUUAUUUAUGCAUACUUUGAUACGAAGUCUGCAUUUCUUACAUAUCCUUAUAUAUUCAAUUUUUCUUAUUAAACAGUUACUAAUAUGUUUUUUUAUAUAUGUAUCACUCUAGCUAGGGAAUAUAUAUGUAUUAGUUAGAGAAACAGGUGGCGGUGGCAGUGGCAGAGGCAGAGAAACACAAGUGGAGUACUAUAUAUACACACAUAAACUAAUAAUCAUGUACAGAAUUAACGAAAAUCUCUCUCUUGCUCUGUGUGCGGAGUAUAGGGAGGAAGAAAAUGGAACUGAAAGUCUACUGCGAUCGCCUGUCUCAGCCAUCACGCGCAAUCCUCAUCUUCUGCAAAGCAAAUGGGAUAGAGUUUGAGGAGGUUAAGAUUGAUCUUGGCAAAGGCAAAGGCCAACACCUCUCUGCCGAA